GGUCGAGUCGCAGGCAGCGGUGAAGCAACAUGAUGCUCUUGAACAAGAGGUUCAAGAGCAGAUGCGUGUGCUAGAAGAGCGCAAACGGAUGAUGUUGCAGAAGGAAGAGGAGUUUGAGCUUUGCUGCGCAGAAGCGUGUGAAAGCGCUUGAGGCGCGGGAAGCUGCAAUGGUCGAGUCGCAGGCAGCGGUGAAUCAACAUGAUGCUCUUGAACAAGAGGUUCAAGAGCAGAUGCGUGUGCUGGAAGAGCGCAAACGGAUGAUGUUGCAGAAGGAAGAGGAGUUUGAGCUUUGCUGCGCAGAGCGUGUGAAAGCGCUUGAGGCGCGGGAAGCUGCAAUGGUCGAGUCGCAGGCAGCGGUGAAGCAACAUGAUGCUCUUGAACAAGAGGUUCAAGAGCAGAUGCGUGUGCUGGAAGAGCGCAAACGGAUGAUGUUGCAGAAGGAAGAGGAGUUUGAGCUUUGCUGCGCAGAGCGUGUGAAAGCGCUUGAGGCGGGAAGCUGCAAUGGUCGAGUCGCAGGCAGCGGUGAGAACAGCAUGAUGCUCUUGAACAAGAGGUUCAAGAGCAGAUGCGUGUGCUGGAAGAGCCUGGAUGUUGCAGAAGGAAGAGGAGUUUGAGCAUUGCUGCGCAGAGCGUGUGAAAGCGCUUGAGGCGCGGGAAGCUGCAAUGGUCGAGUCGCAGGCAGCGGUGAAGCAACAUGAUGCUCUUGAACAAGAGGUUCAAGAGCAGAUGCGUGUGCUGGAAGAGCGCAAACGGAUGAUGUUGCAGAAGGAAGAGGAGUUUGAGCUUUGCUGCGCAGAGCGUGUGAGAGCGCUUGAGGCGCGGGAAGCUGCAAUGGUCGAGUCGCAGGCAGCGGUGAAGCAACAUGGUGCUCUUGAACAAGAGGUUCAAGAGCAGAUGCGUGUGCUGGAAGAGCGCAAACGGAUGAUGUUGCAGAAGGAAGAGGAGUUUGAGCUUUGCUGCGCAGAGCGUGUGAGAGCGCUUGAGGCGCGGGAAGCUGCAAUGGUCGAGUCGCAGGCAGCGGUGAAGCAACAUGUUGCUCUUGAACAAGAGGUUCAAGAGCAGAUGCGUGUGCUGGAAGAGCGCAAACGGAUGAUGUUGCAGAAGGAAGAGGAGUUUGAGCUUUGCUGCGCAGAGCGUGUGAGAGCGCUUGAGGCGCGGGAAGCUUUCUUUGAGCUAGAGAGAGUUCUUCAGCAGCAACAGUCUCGCGAGGAGUUGCCUGGCAAGGAUGACGCUCAACUUCAGGGGCAUUUAUCCCAGCAAUUGAGCAACUUAGAGGGGCGGGAAGCCCGACUCUUGCAGAAAGAGGCGGAGCUGGAACAGCGCCAGGUUGAGAGUGAUAGACUUUUGCAGUCGCGUGAAGUUGCAGCAGCCGAACGAGAGGCCCAAUUGAGAGAGAUUCAGGCUGAGGAGGAGACUCGCAGGUCUCAAGACGACACAGUUCGCAGAUGCUUUCACGAGGAGCUUGAAGAGCAGAAGCAGUUGUUGGCGGAGCGCGAGCAAGCAGCUUUGGAGCAAGAGGCAGCUUUGGAGAGAAGAGAGCUGGCCCUUGAGGAGUCUCAACAGGACUCUGAGGGACCCGCCACUCGCAACGAUAGCGAGGAGGUCAAGCGCCUGCACGACUCGCUUACGUUGGCGACGCAGGACCUGCAGGCACAGGGCCGCAGCGACUUACGCGCAGGCACAACGCCUCGAAGCCCAACUCUCACGCCUUCGCGCGGCCGAGGAGGCUUCGCAGCAACGCGUGGCUCAGAUUGCCAAGGGAGGGCAAUUGCCAGUGGCCACCAGUGGAGUUGCUGGUGCCAUUGCGAGCAUGCUACAGGACGUUGAGCUGGGAGAGCGCGCUGGGGUGUCGCUGGUGGACUUAGGUCUCAGCGACAUCUCUGGCCUGCCGCAAGCCGACAAGUUUAUGCAGUUAGUGUCUGCCCUCAUGGCUGUCCGAGCAGACGCAAGACUCACGGUCUUUGGGCUUUGGCUCUUGUGCCAUUUAAUCUACGUCGUGUAUCUCGUGUAUGCCCACCUGGUCAAGUGAGAGGGAACUCUCGGCAGGCGAGCCUUGGCCCUGAAGUUUCGCGAAUGUUGAAAAAGAACGCCUGACCUUGCCCCUCG